GAAGAGGCGGACGGAAAGGGGACGGUGAGGUGACAUAGAUAUACACCCCCCCGGCCCCCGCCGUCGGUGACCUGCCUCCUGUCCAGCCUAUAAGUAGGCGGCCAUGCGCUAGCUGCGACAGACGAGAGAGAGAGAGAGAGAGAGAGAGAGAGAGGGGCACACCCACACCCACACCCACACAAGAAGGGAAGCGACUGAGCAUCCAAGGUAAGGUCGUUGUUGGUUGCAAUGGCCGGCUGCGGAGGCAAGGAUGGCCUGUACGCCGUGCUCGGCGUCUCCAGCGACUGCUCCGACGCAGAGCUGCGCAGCGCCUAGAGGAAGCUCUCCAUGGUCCGUCCCUCCUCUGCUCUUAAAUGGCACCCGGACAAAUGCGGCUCCGGCGGCGUGGAGGCGGAGGCCGCCAAAGCCAGGUUCCACAAGAUCCAGGCAGCAUAGGCAGUUCUGUCGGACCCCAACAAGCGUAUCCUCUACGACGUUGGUGCCUACGACAGCGGACGGCGACGAUGAGGGUGCAGGAGACAUACUGGGAGACAUCCUGGAGGCCAUGAACCACACACCCCCACACCAGGAAGACGGCGAGGGCGAGAGCUCGGAGGAUCUGCACAAGCAGUUCGAGGAGCUCUUCCUCAAGCCCGACGCAGCCUACUCCUCCUCCUCCUCCUCCUCCUCCAAGACAAGGGCCGCCGGCAGGAAGUAGGCUCCCAAGAUGAAUGAAUCAUCUUCAUGCGUGGUCGUGGAGAUUUCAUCCGUCAUGCUAGGCUAUUGCUAGCUAUCCACGGAGAAUGACCCAAAUUAAUGUUGAAUGUUCAGCUAGAGUAGCAUAAUACGUAUAGCCUAGUAGUCACUAAAUGAAAAAUUUAUUUAGGCGUCAUGCAUCCACACCUGCCUAGACUAUGAUUUUCCACCUAGCUUGUGAUUGUGAUUUCUAAUACGACUAUGCGUGAAUUCAAUAACAUUUGUGACAUCUUUCCAAAAGAAUAAGUACUACGUACUCUAUAAGCAA